GGUAUGGACGGAGGUCAGGAGAGUGCAUGGCAUGCCCCAUGGAAAAGGCUCUUGGACUUGACAUUGUCAAGUUGGAGUUGGGGCAAUGAUUCGACAAAACAAAUUCACCACCAAUGUAAAAGACAGCCACGUCGUUACCACGCAGAGACCCGGAUGACUGCAGAGUUUCUCCAUAAACCAACUAUUAGCAUGGAUUUCUUGUCGGAUCUAGACGCGCAAAAGUACCGCGAGGACGGUUACCUGGUUCUUGACGGGCUGCUCACGCCGAAAGAAUGUGACUCUCUCAGGGAGCGGAUGGGCGAGAUUGUGGACCGGAUGGAUGUUCCACAACACUGUCGGAUCCAGUUCUCCACCAAUCACGACGAACAACUAAAAACACAGGGCAACGCAGACUAUUUCAUCACCAGUGGCGAUAAGAUCCGGUUCUUCUUCGAAAAGGGAGUUUUUAACGAUGACGGGGAUUUCAUUGUGCCAAAGGAACGUUCCCUGAACAAAAUUGGGCAUGCUCUCCAUGCCUAUGAGCCUUUAUACAAGAACGUCACUCAUUCACCCCAAAUUCAGGGUAUAUCUAAGAAAUUGGGCAUGAAGAGUCCUAUGAUUCUUCAGAGCAUGUACAUUUUCAAGCAACCAGGAAUUGGGGGAGAGGUGACACCCCACCAGGACGCCACCUUCCUGUACACUGAGCCCCUGGGGAGAGUGAUGGGGGUGUGGAUUGCCCUUGAGGAUGCCACCCUGGACAACGGCUGUCUCUGGUUCAUCCCGGGCUCACAAAACAGUGGGAUCUCCCGAAGGAUGGUGCGUACUGCCGAAGGCACCUACCCCUUGACGGACUUCAUAGGCAGAGAGCAGAGCUAUGACGACAAGCUGUUCGUCCCUGCGCCCGUCAAGAAAGGCAAGUGUCUCACAGAGUGGGGUGGUUUUGAUCCAUGGAGAGGUGGUCCACCGCAGUGCCCAGAACACUUCAGAUGCCUCCCGCCACGUCUAUACCUUCCACAUCAUGGACUCCCAGGACACCUGCUGGAGCCCCGACAACUGGUUACAGCCCACUGAGGAGCUUCCAUUCCCAGCUCUCUACACUUAGACGACCCUGCACACCGAAGGACACAACGUUCCGUCGGCGGGAGGGAGGGAGA